AUGAAGCUUUCCCUGGAAGCGGCGGCCAUUCUGGCUGCUGCUCAGCUCAGCGCUGCGCAGACCUACACCAGCUGCAAUCCUACUGAGAAAACCUGCCCCGCAGACACGGGCCUUGCCCAGUGGUCUUACUUCAGUGACUUCACUGACGCGUCGGCCCUGGAGCACUGGAAUAUCACUGCUGCGCCGGUGACCACGACCACUGAAGGAGCCAAAUUCACUAUCAACAAAGAAGGCCAGGCUCCAACCAUUGCCAGCGAAUUCUACAUCUUCUUCGGCCAUGUCGAUGUCAAAAUGAAGGCAUCUGCUGGCACUGGUAUCAUUAGCACGUACAUGCUGCUGUCUGAUGACCUGGACGAGAUUGACUGGGAACAAAUCAGCACUUACCCCACCUCUAUUCAGACUGAUUACUUCGGCAAGGGAAACACCACGGCCUAUGACCGCGAUACAACCGUCCCCGUUAUCAACCCUGAGACCGAAUUCCACACCUACAGUCUGGACUGGACUCCUUCUCGUAUCAACUGGCUCCUCGAUGGCGAGGUGGUCCGUACCCUGAACUACCACGACGCCGUUGAUGGCUACAACUACCCCCAAACCCCCUGCAGGAUCAAGAUCGGUAUCUGGGCUGGCGGCGAUCCCAGUAACGGCGAGGGUACCAUCGAGUGGGCGGGAGGCGUAACCGAUUACUCUGCCGCUCCCUUCACCAUGUACGUUGAAUCGGUGAACGUGACCAACUACUACCCGGCGUCCUCAUACACCUACACGGACAAGACCGGUGCCUACACAAGUAUCAAGCUGUCCAACUCUACCGAGGGCUUCCCCAGCAACAGCGUCUCUGUCAAGAGCGCAAAUUCCAACAUCAACAGCUCGGUGACCUCGUUUGAUGCCUCGAAGUCCAAUGCUUCUACCUCUGGUGCUACUGCCUCCGCCAGCACCAGUGGAAACACUGCGUCUGCCUCAUCUUCUCUCUUUACUCCUCGGUGCUUUUGA